AUGCCUCUGGAGAGAACUGCUGUUCCGGGAGAUGCGGGCUCAACCACAAAUUCCCUGCCGAGUUCUCGCUCUGCCGUAGCGGACCUUUGUCUCUUGCCCCUUUCUCGGGGUUCUCCUUACCCUUGCCCAUCCGAGACAAAGAAGCGGCUCAUUGUCAGGGCCUCCGGUACCGAGUCUGACAGUGAAAACCCUGCGGCGGGCUGUCGUCGAUUCUUCCAGGGGGCAAACGGUGGGCGCAGCAACCGAAACGCCUCGCGGUUGAACAAAUACCAAAUGACGUUCAAUACCGGCCCUGGGCUGAUGCGGCAGCGACGCAAACUGGACACAUUCGAGCAGGACGCAUUCGGGCAGGAAGCCCUUGGGAUGAAGCGUCGCGGCACGCAACCCCAAUACAGCGGCAUCACAGCUCGUCCAUUCCGCUUGUCGAUGCUGGCAUUCUUGUGUUUGCGUAACGGGGGUUGGCGACCCACUAUCCCUCCCUCACCAUUUCGCGGCGGCGUGGGGCGAGUGGUGCCACCAGGCUUCUUGGCCCUGAAAUUGACGGGAGUCUUGGGAGUCUUGGGGGGAAGUCUUGCAGCUGUCGCAGUGGGUAGCACAGUGACUGGUGCUGCCUACAGUACUACUCCGUCCAACGCCGGCGGGUUAGUCUGGUGUAUCCCUGUUUGA